CAAAUCCUUGGCGGGAAAAUCAACGAAAAACCUCCCAAAACUUUCUCCUCUUUUAAAGCCUCCCCAUAAAUCAUUUCUCCAGAUCUUCUUCAUCUCUAUCUGAGCUUUAGGGUUUCUGCGGUCCAAAAGAAAAAAAAAAAGAAAUGGACGUUGAGAAUCGGAAGACGACGAUCGGUGCGAAGAAGCGGAAGAGAGAACCCGCCGCCGCCGCGAUUGAGAAUCUAACCCCAGAGGAGAAAGAUGCUCAGAUCCAAUCGUUGAAGCUGGAGAUGGAAAGCCUCUUCGUCUAUUUCCGUCAAACGAUUGGCCAGACUCAGACGCCAGAUCUGUUUUCUUCUGAUUCCUCCUCCUCCCCUUCCUCCUCUGUGAAUUCAAUGGUGGCGUUGUUGAUGGAGGAGACGAGCCUGCCCUUGUCGAAGCUCGUGGAUGAGAUUUUCUCGAAACUGAGAGAGAAGAUCGAGAGCGUCACGAUGGCUUCCGUGAAGACGGCUGUCGUCUCCAUCGGGCAGAGAGUCAGUUACGGCGUGCCUAACGCGGAGGCUGACGUUUUGGAAGAUGAUGAUGAAUCUUGUCUCUGGUGCUGGGAGACGAGAGAGCUGAAGAUGAUGCCUAAAUCUGUUCGUGGAUUGCUCAAAGUUCGACGGACUUGUCGAAAGAAGAUUCAUGAGAGGAUUACUGCUGUUUCUGCAAUGUUAGGUGUGUUGCAAAGAGCAGAGACUGACAAGUCGUUUAGAUCUGAUCUCAACAAAGCUGCUGAGAAGCUUGGGAAAGUACUGAGUGAAGUGGAUAUUCGAUCGUUUAUGGAUAAUAUGUUGCAGAAGAAUAGUACUGAGAUGGCUGAUAAAGAUGCGAAACGGGAAGAGAAACUGCUUCUUAAACAAUUGGAGAAAACUAAAUGUGAAGCUGAGAAGGAAAAGAAGAGGAUGGAGCGUCAACUUCUUAAAGAAAAGUUGCAACUUGAAAAGGAGCAGAAGCUGCUACAGAAGGCACUUAAUGAAGAUAAAGAAAAGGAAGAGGCUGAGUCGAGAAAACGGAUUAAGAAACAGCAGGAUGAGUCAGAGAAGGAGCAGAAGCGUAGAGAGAAGGAACAGGCGGAACUAAAGAAGCAGCUUGAAGUACAGAAACAGGCUUCUAUCAUGGAGAGGUUUCUUAAAAGAAGCAAAGACACUUCUUCCACCCAACCCAAACCUCCUUCCGUUGAAGUAACUGCUCAGGGUCCGUCAUGCACAAAACCUGAGGAUGAAAGUAGAACAGUUAUUGAGGCGAUUGACAAUGCCUUUGCAACAACUUGUGAAGCUUCAGUCGAUGAUAUUCGCAGGGAACAUUUUACUUCCUGGCGUCAGCUAAGUCAUUCGCUUUCGAGAAGGAGAAAACAUUGGGGGAUGCGUAGGAAGCCAAAGAGUGAACUAUUUCCAAAACUAAAACUAUCUACAAAUAAUGGAGCAACAUCUGACGGCGAACUUAACAUGGAGAAGCAAGAAGAUGAAUGUCAAGAGAAACACUUGAAUGAUGUAUCUUGUGUUAGACAGAGCAAGUCUUCUUCAUCUGAUCGUAAGAAGUCCAGGAGAGCCAUGCAAUUGUUACAGUUUGAUAAAAGCUACAGACCAGGCUUUUAUGGUAUUUGGCCAACCAAAAGUCAAGUUGUAGGGCCACGUCGUCCUCUGAAGAAGGAUCCGGAAUUGGAUUAUGAAGUUGAUAGCGAUGAAGAAUGGGAAGAGGAACAAGCUGGUGAAAGCCUUUCAGACUGUGAGAACGAUGAAGAAGAAUCUUUGGAAGAAGGAUGUUCAAAGGGUGAUGACGAAGAUGAUAGUGAAGAUGACUUUAUGGUACCUGAUGGGUAUCUCUCAGAAGAUGAGGGGGUCCAAGUGGACAGAAUGGAUCUUGAUCCGUCUGAGCAGGAUGCAACUUCAUCUCCAUCUACGCAACAAGAUCAAGAGAGUCAAGAGUUCCGCGCACUUGUACAUCAGCAAAAACAAGUGCAGAGUUUGACUGACCACGCUCUGGCGAAAACGCAGCCACUGAUUAUAUGUAACCUAACGCAUGAGAAGGUCUCUCUUUUAGCUGCUAAAGAUCUAGAGGGAGCACAGAAAAUGGAACAGAUAUGUCUAAGAGCUCUCGUGGUGCGUGCAUUCCCUUGCUCAUCUUCUCUCAUUGAGAUAUCGAUCAACGACAUACAAGAUGAGGAUCAAGAAGCAGCGGCCAAGUCAUCCUGUAGUCAGAGCACUCCACCAUCAGCUUCAAAAGCAAAAUCCAUACCAGACUCGGAUUUACUAACAGUUGUAUCAACAAUUCAAUCAUGCUCUCAAGGUAUCACCAAAGUGGUUGAAACAUUGCAGCAGAAGUUUCCUGAUGUUCCAAAGACCAAACUAAGACAAAAAGUGCGCGAGAUAUCAGAUUUCGAGGAUAGCCGUUGGCAGGUAAAGAAAGAAGUGUUGACAAAGCUUGGGUUAUCACCAUCACCAGAUAAAGGCGUUAAGAGGCCGAAAAUGAUAUCCACAUUCUUCUCUAAACGGUGUUUGCCUCCAUCCACAAACCCACCACCACCAGCUGUUGAAGAAACAGCAAGAUUGGAUAAUGAGAAUGAUGCUUAAGUUUCUUUACAGUUUCCAUCUUUUUUCUUUUCUUCUUUUUCGGAUUACAUCCCUCAAAACUCUUUUUUGGCUUCUUGUGGAUUGAAGUUGUAUGAUCAGGCAAAGCGUUCUAGAUGAGGGAAUAUGAUAAAUCGGUUAAAGAAGAAGUAACCUUAGAUGUGUUUUGUUCAGGUUACAAGUCUAUGCACAGCCUUUAUAAUGUAAAAACUCUUAUGUAGUUGUUUCAAUUUACAGUAUCCUUUGUGCUUUCAUUACAACGUUUUGUAUACUGUCUUUUAAGUAACAGAAAAAUACAUGCGACGGUGUAAAGUACUCUUUUCAAACUUGUAAUAAUCAAAUACCAUAUCUAGCA